CGGGAAACGGGGUUUCCUCUCAAAUGACAGCCUCAGUAGGAUGCGCACGUCUGGGAUUUGGCUUCAGUAUUAGGAAGCUUUAUAAAUGAGGAUGAAUUAGUAUGAUUAAUGUACACAGCAGUUUGCAGAGCGACCGCAAAGAGACAGGUCCCUGCCCCGAGAAGCACAUAAUUAGAUACAGGAGAUAGGGGCUCGGGAGAUGGAGGCAAAGUUAAAGAUCAGAAAUAUGCAUGUUUAGGUCAAACGUGGUGUUCUCCAGUACCAUGCUGGGGGUGACUAUGAAGGUGAUGUGUGUUGUACUCCAACGCACAGGUGCUGGUGAAUUUGCAGCUGCAAAUAAGAAGAGUGUAUGUCUGUCUCAAAUUUUGAUAAACUCUGGUUGCUAGUGUUCAGCUAAAUACUUUGUGACUUUGUGCAGUGCUAGUAGAUACUACAAAUAAUAAUGGAUAAAAUAUGCAUGUGUGGCUAGAUGAGCUGAGCAGGGCUGUCAAGGACAGGGCAUUUUUGUGGGCACUCAUUCAUAGAGUUACUUUAAGCUGGAGAUGACAGCAUGUAAAAAAAUUAGAUAUUGUUCUACUUUGAUUAUGCAUGUGUGUUUUUAUUGUGAUGUUAGUCCAAUUUAACCAAUACUGUUACUGAUUCUAACAGAUUCAACUUUUAUGAAAUCGCUUAAUGAAAGAUGGGAGUUCAAGGACUUUGGAAACUGCUGGAGUGCUCUGGAAGACCUAUAAACCCAGAAACACUGGAAGGAAAAAUUAUUGCUGUUGAUAUCAGCAUUUGGUUGAAUCAAGCUGUUAAAGGAGCACGGGACCGUCAUGGAAAUUCUGUCCAAAACGCUCAUCUCCUCUCUUUGUUUCACCGACUCUGUAAGCUGCUAUUCUUUCGAAUCCGCCCUGUUUUUGUUUUUGAUGGAGAAGCACCACUUUUGAAGAGGCAAACUUUGGCUAAGCGAAGGCAACGAAAAGAAGUUGCAGCCACUGACUCCAAGAAAACCACAGAGAAAAUUCUGACAACUUUCCUGAAACGACAAGCUCUCAAAACUGCUCUAGCAGGCAAGAGCAAUGCUGACCUCCCUAGUCUUUCAGAAAUAAGAAGAGAAGAAGUAGAUGAUAUUUAUGUAUUACCUUCCUUACAAAAAGAUACAAAAGGCAGCUCAGAAGAGGAAGAUGAAAAGGAAUGGGAGGAAAGAAUGACGCAGAAAAAGAUGCUGCAGGAAGAACUCUUGGAAAAUCCUCACUCUGUAGACGUUGAAUCAGAAGAUUUCCUGAGCUUGCCCCCUGAAGUAAAGCAUGAGAUUCUCACUGACAUGAAGGAAUUCACAAAACGAAGAAGAACCUUAUUUGAGGCAAUGCCUGAGGGAUCCAGUGACUUCUCCCAGUAUCAGCUGAAGGGACUGCUUAAAAAAAGCAGCUUAAAUCGUCACAUAGAAAAAGUGCAGAAGGAGAUGAAUGAGCAGCAUGCGGGCCAAAUCCAGAGCCAGUAUGAAGAGGACACGGGGUUCCUGAAAGAAGUAGAAGCCAGGAGAGUUGUGUCUGAGGAUACCUCUCACUACAUCCUGAUAAAAGGUAUCCAGCCCAAAGGGGAUGUUGUCAGAGAUCUGGUGACAUCAUCUGCAGGCCGUUCUUCUGCAGUGCCUGAAGAUUCAAAGCCUAGUGUCAGUAUUGACAAGACUCCAGUUAAUGUAAAUUCUCCUCCGGGUGAUCUUUUAAAGACUGAAUCAAGUGGAAAUACUUAUUUAGCACCUCCUUCUCCCAGAACAGUGCUUGCUAUCCAGGCUGCAAUGCUGGGAAGCAGUUCAGAAGAGGAGCUGGAAGAUGAAAACAAGAGUUAUCUUGAUUCAAAUACAUCUGGGUCAGGCCCCAGCACAGAAUCUGGCAACGUGUCCCCCAGAACACUGAGGGCUAUUGAGAAAGCUUUAUCCGAGGAGGAACAGGACAGCAGAGCAGCUGUUAGGAAUAGCACUGGUGAUAGUCAAGGCGAAAGUCCUAUGGAUGACCUUCUAGCUAGUAACUCAGAUGAAGAGGACCAGAGUGAGAAAGAGCUUCCAUUUUUAUCUGUUGGGCUAUCAGGAAAUAGAAUCAUUGAGCAAGAGAGUAAACUGGAUCAAAGAGAAGAUGGGCUGGCAAAGGAUCAGAGUGUAUCUGAAAGCCCAUGUAUCUCUUUUGUGGAAAAAGGACCUUCUUCUGUGUCAGCCAAGGAAGAAAGAGGUGUGGGGACACAAGCUACCAGAACAGAUCUGAGUUGCGUGAGUUCUGCACAAAUUGGGAAUAUCAGUAGUGUCAUGCAGCAGCCCAUUGGGGCUUCAAUGAAGCCUGCUCUGUCAGUUGCCCCAACGGUUUCCAGUUGUGAAGAGCUUACCAAAAAUAGAAAAGUUGACCAUUUAAAAGAAUUGGUUCACCAGCCAGAAAAGCAGGCGUCCCAUAAGCAGCACGAACUUUCGUUUACAACAGAAAUGGCAACCCCUAAUGAAGAAGCAAUGGAACAUCAAUUACAGUCUGAAGAGAGUGACUCUGAUGGAAGCUUCAUUGAAGUCGAUGCUGAACUAAGUGGUGAGCUUCAGAGAGAAAUAUCUGAGAAGUCACCUUCCUCCACUGAACAGAAGGAGGGAACAAUAUCUGAGUAUGCAGUGGAUAUUCAGGUGGAGAGCAAGGGUACUUUCGAAGGUGUGCCAGAAGUUACUGGAAAAGAAACAGAACUGACUGGAGAACAGGACUCCGAAAUCAAAGGCAAGGACGAGGAUACAGUUAAUGAAUGGCAGAAUAUUAGUAUGGAGGAACUGGAGAUCUUGGAAACAAACCUUUCUGUUGAACAGAACACGCUUCUGAGUCAGAAACGACAACAGGAACGUAUUGCUGCCACUGUGACAGGACAAAUGUUUUUAGAAAGUCAGGAACUUCUGCGCCUCUUUGGCAUUCCGUACAUUGAAGCUCCUAUGGAAGCAGAGGCUCAGUGUGCUGUCUUGGACCUCACAGAUCAGACAUCGGGGACAAUCACAGAUGAUAGUGAUAUUUGGCUGUUUGGAGGACGGCAUGUGUAUAAAAACUUCUUCAGUCAAAACAAGUAUGUGGAGUAUUAUCAGUUCAUUGACUUCCAGAAUCAAUUAGGCUUGGAUCGGAACAAGUUAAUUAAUUUAGCCUAUCUGCUUGGCAGCGAUUACGCAGAGGGCAUUCCUAAUGUUGGUUAUGUAACAGCUAUGGAGAUCUUAAAUGAAUUCCCUGGACGAGGAAUGGAACCUCUCUUCAGUCUCAGGGAAUGGUGGACUGAGGCUCAGAAGAGCACGAAGACACGGCCCAACCCAUAUGAUACUAAAGUGAAGAAAAAAUUGCGGCAAUUGCUGCUUGCACCUGGCUUCCCAGAUCCUGCGGUAGCGGAAGCUUACCUGCAUCCUGUGGUGGACGAAUCAAAAGGGUCAUUUGUUUGGGGAAGACCUGACUUGGAACAGAUCAGGGAAUUUUGCCAGAGUCAUUUUGGUUGGACUAAGUUGAAAACAGAUGAUGUCUUAUUGCCUGUCCUGAAACAGAUGAAUGCUCAACAGACCCAGCUCCGUAUUGACUCCUACUUCCGAUUAGCACAGCAAGAGAAACAAGCCAUCAAGAGUCAAAGGCUCCGCAGGGCUGUGACUUGUAUGAGGAGAAAAGAGAAAGAAGAAGAGGAGCAGGAAGCCUCAGAAGCAACUGCAGCCAUGGAGCAAGAAUUUAAGCAGGGGAAAGGAAAGCAUCCUGGCCAAGGUGCGGACCAAGGCAUGGAUGGAGUCCCAGGCUGGCAGGGCAAGAGGAAAAAGUGCCCCCUGGCCACACAGCCGAGCUCCUUAGCUGGAGGCUUCAUGGGGGAGGUGCAGCUUUCAGAAGCCUCCAGUGACUCCUCUGAAGAUUUGGAGGAGGAAGCCUCCGAUAGGCGCGAAGGGGGGAAAACCUCAAAGGUACUCAAAGCUGAACUGGGAAGUCACAAAACCAGCGCAGCAGUUGGACCCUUGCAGGACGAAAGAGGACAUAGUAGCUCCAGUGCAGAGGAAGAAAUACCCAUGGUGACAGCCAGGCCUGUUUUUCAGGGCAAAAAAGCAAGGGGCAAGUCUUCAAGGAGAAGAUUUAGGAAAUAAGCUCUAGUGGCUUAUGUGGAGAGAUUACUGGAGAUUUUUAGCAAUUUUUAGCAAUUGUCUUACAAGUAGCACGUGAUAUUCACUAAGAGAAUGAAUUCCCUCUCAUCCUCAACUCCCACCUCCAUUCCCUUUUUAUUGCACAUACUGGCACUGUAUUUGAGAACUUCUAGCAAUUAAGAACUGAAAUUUGAAAUUUUUAAAUCUAUUUACCUUACGAGGAUAAUAUCAAUCCCUUCCCCUCAAGAAAACCUCCAGUAGAAUAUGAAUUUGCUUUCCUUGAGCAGUUUCUGAAGGUGAUUUGUAAUGUGUAUGUUUUUUUGUAAGAGAAAUGAGAUUGGUUUGUAAUGUUGCCCAUCUGACACUCAGCUUCACACUUCAUGAAAUAGGAUAAGUGGCAUACCAUACAGGAUUUCUGCAAUUCUGUUAAGAGGAAAUAUUUGGGGCAGCUUUAGUUCCUUCAUUCCUUGCUGCCUGUAUUCCAAAUAAAUUUUACUGUGAUAUUCAGUUCAAAAUUAUACAUGA